CAAAUUUAUUAUAAAAAAUGGGUCGAAUGUAUAUUAUGUAUCAAGUUUGCGGUGUUAUUUAAUAAAAUAAUGAUUAAAUGCAAAUUAUUUGUAGCUUGUGAAUGAAGCGAACACAUUAGAUUCCUUCUAAUAUUUGCUACAUAAGUUACCUUAAUAUGAAAGAAUAUAACAAAACUUCGAAAGAUGAAGGCAUUAAACCUAGGAAAAUUCAUCCUCAAAAUAUUGUCAAACGAUUAAUUAACAGGGAAAUAUUUGGCGAUAGAAAACCAGGCACUCAAAUUCAUAUGACUCGAAAAUUUUAUCAGAAUGUUUUUCCCAAUUUAACUAUCGUCAAUGUUGAAAAGCCGCCUUGUUUUCUAAGAAAAUUUAGUCCGGAUGGAAAACAUUUUAUUGCUUUUUCGGCGGAUCAAACAUCAGUAGAAGUCUACCAAUAUCAAGGUGCAGGUGCUGCUGCAGAUUUGAUCCAGGAUUGCACGGGAGACUAUGUUCCGAACAAAAAUGAAGGUAGUCCUUUUGAGAUCAGGAACAAAGUGUUUGAUAGGUUUUUUAAGAUAAAGCAUGUAGUUAAUGUUUGCCAAAGUGGUAAACAAUUAAAUAGAGAAUGUAGUUUGUUUACUGAUGAUGGACGAUAUGUUAUUGUGGGCUCUGCAUGUUUUAUUCCUGACGAUCUUCGUCCUGCAUUUUAUGAUAUAUAUACAAGUAAUGAAGCUGUGACACCAACAUUAAGAUCUCCCUUAGAGGAUUAUUCACUCCACAUAAUCGACAUGAUUGAAGGCAGAUUGUGUGAUUCUAGGCAUUUUAAAGUUGAUAAGAUCAUGUUAUCACACAAUCAAGGAUUAUAUUUGUACAAUAAUAAACUGGCAAUUCUCUCUAUACAACAUCAAUUGAUACAUAUAUUUCAAGUCGUGGAUGGAAUGUUUAUUGAAAUUAGAACUAUUGGUAGAUUUUGCUAUGAAGAUGAUAAUUUUCAAAUAAUGGCAGUGUAUGGUUCAUAUGCUACACAAUACGCUUUCAAAGAAAAUAUUAUAUGUUCUUUGAAACACAGAUUACUUGUUUAUUUAUAUAAGCAAGCAAUGAAUUUGUCUUUGCAAAUGAAAAACUACCAUACUUUGCGAAAGUUUUAUCAAAACUUUGAACAAUUUAAAUCUUUGAGAAUGUGGAAAAUGCAAUUACUGAAUGAGGAUCAUCUAUUGAUUAAGUACACUAGUGAAGAAGUUGUGACGCAAAAGAGUAAUGAGCCAAACAAUCAGAUAUCAUUUUUUGUAAUAUACAAUAUUACAGAUAGUUUAGUUAUUGCUGUAUAUGAAAAUACAUCUCAGCAAUUGUUGGAGCUUUUUGAAAAUUUCUGUGAUAUGUUUCGUAAUGUUAGAGUGCAUUGUGAUGCACAAUUCACAUGUUCCCCUUCAAAUAAUAUACACGCAAAAGUGAUACAGCAGAGAUUUAAGAAUACAAUAAUAAGUGCACGUUAUGGAGGUGAAAGAGAGGCUACAAAAAGACUUCUUGCACAACUACCAAUAAGCGCACAAUCAUAUAGCAGUUCUCCUUAUCUGGAUUUGUCAUUGUUUAGCUAUGAUGACAAAUGGGUAUCAGUUAUGGAGAGACCUAAAGCUUGCGGGGAAUAUCCUAUUAGAUUUUAUGCACGUGAUUCUGGCCUUCUCAAGUUUCGAAUAUAUGCAGGAGCUGUUGCUAAAACACCACCUGCAGCCACUAGAAGAUUGGUAGCUUUUACAUUUCAUCCUAAUGAACCAUUUGCCAUUAGUGUUCAGAGGACAAAUUCUGAGUAUAUUGUAAACUUUCAUGUCAGACAUGCUAGCUAGUUUUUACAAAUUAUUUGCAAAAGCUAAAAAGGUCACAUGAUGUAAUCAAUUAGGUGGGUGUUGAGAAGAUUUGAAGGUAAUUUUUAACUCAAAACAUAUCUUUAUAAUGAAAUUGUAAAUAUUAAACAUUGCGCAAUAUGUUUGUGAUCAAUUUUAAAGUGGGUAUAGAUGAUGUGCCUUUUGUGGCAGUGAUUGUAGUUUGAUUUAUUUAUUAGAUUAUCAAAUUUAUAUACGUAUUUGAUAAGUAACUCAAUUAAAUGACGAUGUUUUCUACAGCUCUAUAUUUUUACAUCCAAAAUUUUGUAUAUAAAAAGAUUUUCUAUCUUCUAUCGUUUUUUUUGAUGUUUUAUUAUGAAAGCACAUUAUAUG